AUGAUGUACACACGUUGUAUUGCAUUAUUGGUUUUCCUUGUCUUGGCUAUUUGUGAAUCGCCAGAAGGUUGUCUUCCUCGUGGGAUUAGCCUUAAUGGGUUCCAAACUAAAUUAUAUCCGUACACAAAUCAGGAUGGGACUACCUUGAAAAUCUUGGACUAUGUUUCAGUUGGGUAUGCCGAAAAUCCUCUGUACUAUACAAUUGCUGCAAAUAGUGGGUAUGGAUUUAGUUGGCAGAACUCAACUGACAUUUGGUACCAUGGAGUAGGCUAUGAUUUUGUGUAUGGGUAUAACACAACCAUAUCCAACUUCACCAUGGAAAUUACAGGAUAUUAUUUUGCCAAACUUGAUGGUGACUACACAAUAUCAUUAAGUCAGAUUGAUGAUUCUGCAGCAUUAUUUAUUGGUGAUGGUGUUGCAUUUGCUUGUUGUAAUUCGAGUCCCAUUGUUGGAACGGCAGUCCCUUUAUUAUUCACUUAUGACAAGGUUGAGGUAUCAUCUAAAGUUACAUUGAUUGGUAACACGUACUAUCCUAUUCGGAUUGUCUAUACUAAUGCAGCUGGUACCAUUGGGUUCUUUCCCUAUUCCCUAUAUCACAGAUCCAUUAGGAGUACGUCUGGAUAUAUCAUCUGGUUCUGUGGUUUUUGAAGAAUCUGAUUGUUUAGUUUCAAGUUCGUCGAUUAGUAUGGAGUCCUCUACUGUAAGUUCUUCAAGUGAUAGUUCUUCAAGUGAUAGUUCAACAAUUGAAAGUUCGGCAAGUGAAAGCUCGACAAGCCCUACAAUCUCCAUAAGUGAUACGGGUUCUACAAGUUAUACAAGCUCGUUUGCAACCUCUACGGAAUCUUUUAAAAGUGAUAUCAGCAGUUCAUACACCAGUACCUCUAUUACUUCUUUGCUUUCCUCAAGUACGAACCAUCUUGGUACAAGCUCUUCAAACUUCUCCUCAUCCACGAGCUCCUUGGGUGUUAGCUCCACUACAACUUAUAUAACUUCUUCUAUCGACUUGGAUGAAACCACAUCAUCGUUCAGCUCAUCAGUUCCAACGACAAUGGGAAAACUGAGCAGUGAGUAUCACGCAACUUCAUACAUUAACUCAACUAUUUCGAUUACUGUUAUUGAAAUCAUAAUCUGUUCAGAGAGUAUAUGCGCAACAUUUACCCAAACUAGUGAAAUAGUAGUUAUCACCACAACUGUAUCUGACGAUUUAACGACAUAUACAACUUACUGUCCUCUCUCUGGUGUACUUUCUGACACACCAGCUUCCCUAUAUACAAGUCCUUCACUGAUAACUUCAGGAAAGGGCUAUAUUUCUUCAUUACUGACUUCGAUCCCUACUAUUUUAUCUUCCAUUAACGACACUAGCUCUAACAGUCCAUGGAUAAUGGCUAUUUUUAUAGAAUUAGUAGCUGCAAUGUUUUUCUAA